AUGCCAGAAGAGUUAAGAGAAGCACGAGUGGCCAGGUUGAUUGAUUUACAAACAGAUACAUGGGAUCCACAUAUUUUAUGUGUUCUAUUUAUUCCUGAAGAUGUGAACCGGAUAAGUAUGAUUCCUAUUGGUCCUGACUACGAGGACUUAUGGUAUUGGAUGAGUGACCCAAAAGGGACAUACACACUGAAGAACGCCUAUAGGCGUAUUGUGGGGUAUUAUGAGAGUAACCUAGCGGUGUUUGAUAAAUGGGUUUUGAUGUGGAAAUUAAAGGUCCCUCCCAAGUGGAAGACAUUUUUGUGGAGAGCCAUAUGUGAUAUUUUACUCACUACCACUAAUUUGAUUAUAAAGAGGGUAGAGGUGGACCCAACAUGCCCAAUGUUUGCUUUAGAUCAUGAAGAUGUGUUACAUGCUUUAGUGCUCUAUGAAUAUUCUACACUUGUUUGGAAUAUAACACAAUCGCCUAUCACUAAUAUUAUUACAGAUUCUUUUUCAACAUGGCUAAUGGGGGCUUUGGCGGUCUUAACGGAGGAGCAAACCCGGUUAUUGGUAGCCGUGUUGUACCAUAUUUGGAGGAGCCGCAACUCAGCCGUGUGGACGGGGUCUAUGAUGCGGCCAGCCGAUGUCGGGAGAGUGGCUGCUGUAUCUUUGCAGGCGUACGGCGGUGGGCGCUGCGCAACACCGCCAGGCACCGCCGUCUCCGGCGCCACCCACCGGAACGGAUAUGAACGGCAGCAGCCUCAGAUGCUAUGUGGACGCAGGUUUUCGUCGGGACACUGGAGAGGCCACGUACGGUAUUGUACUAAUUUCACCAGAGGGCUCUUUCUCACCAUUUAUGGCGGAGGCAUAGACAUAUAA